AUGAGGACCGGUGUUGGGGCAUUGAAGGCCGCUGGUUUCCUCCGCCAUGACCUAUCACAGAUCGUGGGUGUGCUGGAGUUCAUAGGCGGUGCCCUCCUGCUGCCGCGAUGGGCUGCAAUUGCGAACGCACUCGGCAAAGGUGGAUCUGAGCUUACCCUGAGGGCUGGCUGCUGGUUCAUCCUCUGCGGUCUGGGCAUGAUCGUGUCCACGCGCAAGAGGAAGAGCCCAGUGUGCUGGAGCCAGACAGUUCUAUGUCUGGAGCUACUCCGAAGCAGAGGCGGCAAUGGAGCCGUGGCAAUUGGCGUCAUCAUGCUUCUGGUUGGAACCGCUUCCGGCUGCGUCUUGCAAGAGUUCGUAUUUCCACCCAAGAUGAAGGGUGCCUGA